AUGUCCUCGGUUGUCGAUCCAUUGCUGUCUACCGUAACUUUGGAUUUAUUGCGUCCUAAAGAGACUUUAGGAAAUCCUGAAGAUCAUUUUAGAAAGGUGAGACAAAACUUAUAAACUACCCGGGGAGUUGAACGAAUAAGCCUUGCGUGAUUUGUUUGUAGCAGCUCGCAGUAUGUUACGAGCCAGAAUAGAGUACUGUAGUAAAUUUCAAAUUUGUGUAUCGUGUUGUUGAACGCUGGUCAAAGCAACCAAGUUUUCUUCUUUUUUUCAGCUAUGGUUCGACAUUGACUGCUUAAAUUUUUCACAGUUUGGUGGGAAAGUGGAUAUAUUUGACGAAGUUAGUGCUUUUGACUCGGAAAGCUCGCUGGAUUCUGACUAUGAGCUGAAUUACAAUGAGAAAUACUUCUGUCAGGAAGAUCUUAUCGAAAGCAAGCUUAAAGACACCGCUUUACUGUUUGAAUUGCCAUACCAACAGGAGGGGAUUACUCUGGAACUGCGUGCUAGCAGUCCAGAUAAUCUAUCGAGUUCUACGAGUGAGCGAUCGUCGAUAUCCUCCGACAUUGAAAUUCAAAUAGAUACCGACUCGCUCACGUGCUCAGACGUGGAAAUGAAGGCUGUUAGCGAGCUGGAAUCUCCACCGCCGGUCAAACAGACCUCAGAAGGAACACAAACUGAAGAUAGCGACAGCUUUGCUGAAUCCAUGAACUCUGAGCCAUUGACUAAAUUGGCCAAAGCUAAACUUGUCAUAGAAGGUUCCCCUAACAACUCGACCAGCUCUUCAAAGGCAAAUUCUAAUUCAUUAAAAGGAACCAACACUCUAAAUGUAAAUGAUGUGAAAGAUGCAUCCGAAACUGCUACCGUGCAGCUUCCAAAAGGAAAGAAAACAUUGGCAAGGACACAUAAAUGUACAUUUGAGGGCUGUAACAAGUCUUACACAAAAAGUUCGCAUCUUAAAGCGCAUCAGCGAACCCACACUGGUGAAAAGCCAUACCAGUGUAAUUGGAAGGACUGCGGAUGGCGGUUUGCUAGAUCAGAUGAACUUACGAGGCAUUAUCGUAAGCAUACUGGCAUAAAGCCGUUUAAAUGCACUACUUGUGACCGUAGUUUUUCUCGCUCUGAUCAUCUAUCCCUGCAUAUGAAGAGACAUUAUUAAUACAAUGCUGUGGAAUGAUUGUACAGACAAGUACCUCAAAUAGAUUCGAGUCUUCAAUAAUGGAGCUGCAACCUACAAACAUGGUACGAAAGUGACAAUGUAUAUGAAGGUAUCAUUUUUGCAAUUUUAUCGGUAUUGACGAGUUCCCAAGAAGAGACACUGCAAAAUGUGGAUUCCAAGAAUGUUUCAAUAACAAUUGAAAAGUAAAUAAAAACAAGAGAAAAAUAUUAUUAUUAAAGUGUAAAACACCAUCUCGUUUCUGUGUACAUUACAUCGAGGAAACUUAAAUAAAUGCAAAGCAUUUAGGCG